AUGGCUUCAGAGAUCAACAAUGACCCGCAUAUCGGGGCUAGAGUAAAGCUUGUAGGCGGGAUUAAAUGGAUAAUUUUAAGAAAAACUAUAAAUUUUGAUUUCCCACUUUGGGAAAUUAAACUUGAUUCUGGGAAAGUUGUCACAGAGGCCAGAUAUCGUUUUGAUAUUAUAGAAGACGGUGUUCAAAACAUUGAACCAGAAAUAAUUGUAACAAAAACUAACACUAAACAGAAAAUGUCAUCUCUAGCUCCAGCAAAAGACCCUUGCCACACUGAUGAGUUCAGUGAUAGUGAUUUUAUGUAUUUAGCUGAACCUAUACAUGAAUCUAACAAAGAUUUGACCCUCCCUAAACUGUCUUCCAAAACCAAAAAAAGACAAUUUGUGACCAUUCCUGAAGACUGUAUUGACACAUUUGUACUAGACCAGGAAAAUAAGAAUACUGCUAGAAAAACACAAAGUGACAUACAAUCAUUACAGCAAUUCUUGAUUACAAAAUUGGAAACAAGAGAAAUAUAUUCAAUCCCACCCCAUGAAUUAAACCAAAUUUUAUGUCAAUUCCUCAUAUCCGUACGAAAAGAUGAUGGAAACCAAUAUGAACCAGCAUCCCUUAAAGGUACAUGUAUGCUCUGCAGUUUUGAUAGAUAUUUAAGACACCAUAACUAUGGCUACCAAAUUAGUAAAAGUGCAGAGUUUUCCAAAGUCAAAGAUGUCCUGACAGUAAAACAAGUGGAACUUAAAAAAUUGGGAAAAGGAAACGGUCAUAAAAAGGCAGAGACACUUUGUGAUGAGGAUAUCGAGAAGCUAUUUCAGUCGGGAGAAAUUGGAGAUGACAAUCCUACAACACUUCUACACACCGUAUGGUUUUUUAACACUAUAUAUUUUGGUCUAAGGGGAGUCACAGAACACCACCAAAUGACAUGGGGUGAUGUCAAAAUUGUUAGGGACACUUCGUCCGGACUAGAAUAUCUCCAAAUGAACGAAAGAAACACAAAGACCAGAACAGGCAAAAGUCUAAGAGACCAGAGAGACAUCCCGCAAAUGGCAUGGGCAAAUCUAGAAAACAAGUUAAAAUGUCCUGUACAUGCAUAUAAACUGUAUAAAUCAAAACGCCCACUCAAGUAUUCAAAUCCAAGUGAUCCCUUUUAUAUUCAAGAAAAUAUAAAUAGAGAGAAAACUGGCCUUUGGUACAAGAGCCAACCCAUAGGCAUCAACAAAUUAGGAAAAUUUAUGAAAAAGAUGGCAACUGCUGCAGGGAUAAUUCAAAGUAAAGAAGACGAGGUCAAUGAUGAAAGUGAAAAUGACUCAGGCAAUAGACGCCUUACAAACCAUUCUGCAAGAAGAUUUAUGCUACAAAAACUUGACGACGCAGGAUUUGAGCAUAAUCACAUUAAACAGAUAUCUGGACACAAAAAUAUCCAGAGUAUUUCCACCUAUUCCAAGCUAAAUUCAAAGAAACAUCAGGAAAUUUCGAGGACCAUCUUGGCGGAUAAAAGUGAAAAUAUGCAAUCAUCGCAGACUACAAGAACGGUUACAAUUAACAAUAACCUGGUUGGGCAGAAUGUACAUAAAACAGCGGUUUCAGAAAAUCAAGUUUCCUUUGGAAAUUUAGCGAGCGCGCCAACUGCAACAGGUCUAAGUUGUCUAUUUGGAGGACCAAUAUAUGGAGGGACAUUUAACAUUAAUAUGUCAAACUUACCGUCGUUGUCACCGUCGCCUCAAAUAACCAAACGCCGUCGUUACUUUAUAGAGAGUGACAGUUCCCAGGAAUAAAGCUCAGUUUCAAUUUGUCGAAUUCUGCCAUUGAACAUGUGUCGAUGUGAUUUUGAAAUUUACAACAUGCGUAAUUGUAAU